GUUAAAUCACAUUUUCUAAUUGAUGUUCACUCCAAUAUAUCAAUUAUCAAAAUACGAAUAUAUGAAAAAUGGAAGAAUGAUUUUGCUUGUCAGAGGUAAAAAAAUGUUUUUAAUAAACUUUAAUCAAGAAUAAAUCAUGUUUAAUUUUGUAUAAAUUUAUAUCAAUCCGCACAAGAAUAUAGUUUCAGGAAAAAUCUUCUGACACAUUUCACAUAGCAAGGAUACACUCCCGUUGAAAUCAAUUAAUUGUAAACAGAGUGUCAAAUAUGUUUCCUUUUAAACAAGAGUGUUUUCAUUGAUUGUUUGAAUUUUUGCUAAAAUUAAAUUUGACGUACACAUGGUUCAUAAGAUCGAUGUAUGCCCCGCGUUAUAAUCGCUUUUAUGCAAAUAAGCUCGGUGCGCGUUUUCCCGCGCUAAGGCAAAUACUUCAUCUAAAACAUUCCGUGAAAAGAAGUAGUGCACAACAAUUUUCCACUCAAAUGAUUUGUACACGUGUUGAACAACUUAAUGAGAUAAAUUGAAUUAUCAUCAGACUUUUUGUAAAAUGUAGACAAAUGAUUUAUCGUAAAAUAUUUACUGUUUUAUUCCAGACAAUUUAGAACUUCUUUUUUUUAUUCAUACGCGCCACGCUGUACGUUUUGUAAACAACAACACGUUGGAAGAUCAGAAGAAAAACACAAUAAACCAAGCCUAAAGAUGCUGACUUUAGCCAAGUUAAAGGCUAGCAAAGGGAACAAACCAUACUCUCAGCCAUUAAAGGUAAAAGUUUGUGGAGUAAGCAGUACUGCUCGAUAUCAAGUAGAGAGUGGAGAGAAAAAAGAAUACUGUGUCAUUGGAAUUGCAGACCACAGCAUGGCCAUGAAGGCAACUCUGUAUGACAUCAGCAAGAAAGCAAAUCUUGAUGAAGGCACAUCAGUGAUAGUGAUGAACUACAUACAUAAAACUGAGCCUACUGAAGGGAUAAUCAUCACCAAAAAUACCAAGGUCAUGAAGACCUCUGAUGUUGAUGUUCCUACUGAAAUUCAAAGACAGGGGGCAUUGAUUGCCAACCCCCCACCUGCUGAAACGUUGACCAUAAAACAGGUCAAAAGGUCCCCGAUUAAGUCCCUUGUGUCAGUGAAGGGAACAGUUAUAUCUGAGGACAUCACAAAAACAGUUAAAGUUAAGGGCAACGAUGUCCAGGUAAAAUCAGUAACAAUAAAGGAUGACACAGACACUGUCAAAGUGUCCCUUUGGAGGGACUUGACAUCAACAUCAGGAGUUGGCAAAUACCUCUGCUUUACAGAUGUUGUAGUAACAUCCUUUAAUGAGGAAACAUCAGUUUCCACUACAUCGAAAACAUCAAUUAAGGAGUGUGAGCCACCCGUAUCGAGCGUAGAGGGCACCAUUAUUGCAUAUGAAGAUUUAGAUAAUGCGUUCUCUAUUCUUAUUCAAGAAGAAGAAGAUAAGUAUACAACUUUUGAAGUUGAAAAGUGUCAAAUGAUAUUGGCAUUAGACUGCAAAGAAGAAGAACUAGUGAGCAACUUGAAGAUUAGAAUGCCUUUGACAUGUUUAUGUAAGGUCAAAAAUGGAAAUGUGGAGGAAAUCAGUUUGCAGUAAUGAGUUGUUUUCUGUCAUUGAACAAAACUGAACUAGUCAUGUACGGCUCCUCAUGUACAUGUUUUAUGUGUUGGUGGUAUGAUGAUGUUCAUAGUGUUUGUAUUGAAUUGGGUUAUUUUACUUCAUUUUAAGCUUGUAACUGUAUGUACUAAAUUGUAUCAUUAACAUUGUUACUAGCAGAAAGGCAGCAACUUAUUUGAAUUUACUGGGUUUCUACCUUUAACAUUGAAACUUCUAUUUGUUUUUGCAUUGAAUUCCUCAUCAAAUCCUUUUAUUAGUGUUUAUAAGUGGAGCUUUAGUGUUUAUCUUAUACCACAGAAUUUUAAUGAUCAUUCAAAUAUUUAUUUUACUUUAAAUGUUGAAAUUUUUUGAUGUCACACAAGGACAUUUUUGUAUUUUGAAACAUAUUGCUUAACAAAGCAAAAUAUUUUCUGACAGUAUUAGAAGUUUUUGUGUAAA